AUAGACUUCAAGGCUGGAGGGGGGGCGGGGGCUGAAGGGAAGCAGGAGGAGAGCCACACAGUCAAGUCACACGGGUUCUUGCAGCUUUUGGAAUCAAGACCAUGGGCACCCUCAUAGAUCAGUGUGGGCAAGGACUGGCCCAGGGCCAAUACAAGAUCCAGAGGUAGCCAUAGGGUGUGACAAGUUGUGCAGAUUACAACACUCACCCCUUGCAAUAACGUCACUGCCUGUGACAGGGGGCCAGGCCCAGGCCAAAGCCCUUCAUGUAUCAUUUCGUUUAAUCCUCACAGUUUCCCGCUGAAAGGGCUACUAUUCUUACUCCCAUCCCCACUCUACAGAUGAGGUAAUGGAGGCCCAGAGAGGUUAAAUGACUUGUCCCAGAUGACACAGCUGGUAAGUUGCAAAAUCAGAAUUUGAACUCAGGCAGUUUAGCUCUCAUGGCUGCACUGUUAAUCACAGCUGCAGUGAGACAAAAACAGGUGAUCAGGGCAGAGUCAAGACAGAGAGGUAAACAAGAGUGGGAAAAAGACAGGCGUGAGAGGGGAACAAUGGGGGAAAAGAUAGGAACAAAGAGAGUUGGGGAAGGGGAGAGAAACAGGAAACAUGACUUGCCCGGGAGGGGCAUCAGUCCGCUUGCAAGCAGGUGGAGGUUCAAGUUUUCUGCUCACUUGGUGAUGCAGAGGCUCCCUUUCCCUCAGCAGCAGCCUUGCUGCAUGGAUAGCAGCUUCCCAUCUGGCCUGUCCCCGGAGCCCCAGCCUCAUCCUCCUCAGCGGCAGGCCACUUAGCUUCACAGGAAAUGCUCUUUCUCUAAUUGGCAUUGAAACUCACAGCCCUCCCUUUUCCUGUAGGUGGGGUUUCCAUAGGAAAAAGCUGCUUCUCUGUUUCCCCAGCCUAGCAACUGUUUGGAAGUCAGAGUCCCACAUCCUGCUCAACUGGGUCAGGUCCCUCUUAGACCAGCUCUUGUCCAUCAUUUGCUGAAGUGGACCAGCUAGUUCCCCUGUAGGGGUCUAUCCUGGCAAUUCUUGAUCGGCGUUUGGAUAUCUCAGAUCGCUUCCGAUGAAGAUGGCCUUGCCUGGGGGUCCUGCUUGUUCCAUCAUCAUCUAACUAUGGGACAAGGUUGUGCCAGCAGGUCCGGGGGAAGGAGCACGGGGCUGAUCAAGCCAUCCAGGAAACACUGGAGGACUUGUCCAGCCUUGAAAGAACUCUAGCAGUUUCUGAAUGUGGCCCACUUGGUGGUAAGCAUGAUGCAACUUCUACAACUUCUGCUGGGGCUUUUGGGGCCAGGUGGCUACUUAUUUCUUUUAGGGGAUGGUCAGGAGGUAACCACUCUCACGGUGAAAUACCAAGUGUCAGAGGAAGUGCCAUCUGGCACAGUGAUCGGGAAGCUGUCCCAGGAGCUGGGCCGGGAGGAGAGGCAGAGGCAAGCUGGGGCUGCCUUCCAGGUGUUGCAGCUGCCUCAGGCGCUCCCCAUUCAGGUGGACUCUGAGGAAGGCUUGCUCAGCACAGGUAGGCGGCUGGAUCGAGAGCAGCUAUGCCGACAGUGGGAUCCCUGCCUGGUUUCCUUUGAUGUGCUUGCCACAGGGGAUUUGGCUCUGAUCCACGUGGAGAUCCAAGUGCUGGACAUCAAUGACCACCAGCCACGGUUUCCCAAAGGCGAGCAGGAGCUGGAAAUCUCUGAGAGUGCCUCUCUGCGCACCCGGAUCCCCCUGGACAGAGCUCUUGACCCAGACACAGGCCCUAACACCCUGCACACCUACACUCUGUCUCCCAGUGAGCACUUUGCCUUGGAUGUCAUUGUGGGCCCUGAUGAGACCAAACACGCAGAACUCGUAGUGGUGAAGGAGCUGGACAGGGAAAUCCAUUCAUUUUUUGAUCUGGUGUUAACUGCCUAUGACAAUGGGAACCCCCCCAAGUCAGGUACCAGCUUGGUCAAGGUCAACGUCUUGGACUCCAAUGAUAAUAGCCCUGUGUUUGCUGAGAGUUCACUGGCACUAGAAAUCCAAGAAGAUGCUGCCCCUGGUACUCUUCUCAUAAAACUGACUGCCACGGACCCUGACCAAGGCCCCAAUGGGGAGGUGGAGUUCUUCCUCAGUAAGCACAUGCCUCCAGAGGUGCUGGACACCUUCAGUAUUGAUGCCAAGACAGGCCAGGUCAUUCUGCGUCGACCUCUAGACUAUGAAAAGAACCCUGCCUACGAGGUGGAUGUCCAGGCAAGGGAUCUGGGUCCCAAUCCCAUCCCAGCCCAUUGCAAAGUUCUCAUCAAGGUUCUGGAUGUCAAUGACAACAUCCCAAGCAUCCAUGUCACAUGGGCCUCCCAGCCAUCACUGGUGUCAGAAGCUCUUCCCAAGGACAGUUUUAUUGCUCUUGUCAUGGCAGAUGACUUGGAUUCAGGAAACAAUGGUUUGGUCCACUGUUGGCUGAGCCAAGAGCUGGGCCACUUCAGGCUGAAAAGAACUAAUGGCAACACAUACAUGUUGCUAACCAAUGCCACACUGGACAGAGAGCAGUGGCCCAAAUAUACACUCACUCUGUUAGCCCAAGACCAAGGACUGCAGCCCUUAUCAGCCAAGAAACAGCUCAGCAUUCAAAUCAGUGACAUCAACGACAACGCACCUGUGUUUGAGAAAAGCAGGUACGAAGUCUCCACACGGGAAAACAACGUACCCUCUCUUCACCUCAUUACCAUCAAGGCUCAUGAUGCAGACUUGGGUAUUAAUGGAAAAGUCUCAUACCGCAUCCAUGAUUCCCCAGUUGCUCACUUAGUAGCUAUUGACUCCAACACAGGAGAGGUCACUGCUCAGAGGUCACUGAACUAUGAAGAAAUGGCAGGCUUUGAGUUCCAGGUGAUCGCAGAGGACAGCGGGCAACCCAUGCUUGCAUCCAGUGUCUCUGUGAGGGUCAGCCUCUUGGAUGCCAAUGAUAAUGCCCCAGAGGUGGUCCAGCCUGUGCUCAGCGAUGGAAAAGCCAGCCUCUCUGUGCUUGUGAAUGCCUCCACAGGCCACCUGCUAGUGCCUAUCGAGACUCCCAAUGGCUUGGGUCCAGCAGGCACUGACACACCUCCGCUGGCCACUCACAGCUCCCGGCCAUUCCUUUUGACAACCAUUGUGGCAAGAGAUGCAGACUCGGGGGCAAAUGGAGAGCCCCUCUACAGCAUCCGCAGUGGAAAUGAAGCCCACCUCUUCAUCCUCAGCCCCCAUGCAGGGCAGCUGUUUGUCAACGUUACCAAUGCCAGCAGCCUCAUUGGGAGUGAGUGGGAGCUGGAGAUAGUGGUAGAGGACCAGGGAAGCCCCCCUUUACAGACCCGAGCCCUGUUGAGGAUCUUAUUUGUCACCAGUGCUGACCACCUGAGGGACUCAGCCCGCAAGCCUGGGGCCUUGAGCAUGUCGAUGCUGACAGUGAUCUGCCUGACUGUACUGCUGGGCAUCUUCGGGUUGAUCCUGGCUUUGUUCAUGUCCAUCUGCCGGACAGAGAAGAAGGACAACAGGGCCUACAACUGUCGGGAGGCCGAGUCCACCUACCGCCAGCAGCCCAAGAGGCCCCAGAAACACAUUCAGAAGGCGGACAUCCACCUCGUGCCUAUGCUCAGGGGUCAGGCAGGUGAGCCUUGUGAAGUUGGGCAGUGCCACAAAGACGUGGACAAGGAGGCGAUGAUGGAAGCAGGCUGGGACCCCUGCCUUCAGGCCCCCUUCCACCUCACCCCGACCCUGUACAGGACGCUACGUAAUCAAGGCAACCAGGGAGCACCGGCGGAGAGCCGAGAGGUGCUGCAAGACACCGUCAAUCUCCUUUUCAACCAUCCCAGGCAGAGGAACGCCUCCCGGGAGAACCUGAACCUUCCCGAGCCCCAGCCUGCCACAGGCCAGCCACGUUCCAGACCUCUGAAAGUUGCAGGCAGUCCCACAGGGAGGCUGGCUGGAGACCAGGGCAGUGAGGAGGCCCCACAGAGCCCACCAGCCUCCUCUGCAACCCUGAGACGGCAGCGACAUCUCAAUGGCAAAGAGUCCCCUGAGAAAGAAUUAGGGCCCCGUCAGAUCCUGCGGAGUCUGGUCCGGCUGUCUGUGGCUGCCUUCGCCGAGCGGAACCCCGUGGAGGAGCUCACUGUGGAUUCUCCUCCUGUUCAGCAAAUCUCCCAGCUGCUGUCCUUGCUGCAUCAGGGCCAAUUCCAGCCGAAACCAAACCACCGAGGAAAUAAGUACUUGGCCAAGCCAGGAGGCAGCAGGAGUGCAAUCACAGACACAGAUGGCCCAAGUGCGAGGGCUGGAGGCCAGACAGACCCAGAACAGGAGGAAGGGCCUUUGGAUCCUGAAGAGGACCUCUCUGUGAAGCAAUUGCUAGAAGAAGAGCUGUCAAGUCUGCUGGACCCCUGCACAGGUCUGGCACUGGACCGGCUGAGCGCCCCUGACCCGGCCUGGAUGGCGAGACUCUCUUUGCCCCUUACCACCAACUACCGUGACAAUGUGAUCUCCCCGGAUGCUGCAGCCACGGAGGAGCCGAGGACCUUCCAGACAUUCGGCAAGGCAGAGGCACCAGAGCUGAGCCCAACAGGCACGAGGCUGGCCAGCACCUUUGUCUCGGAGAUGAGCUCACUGUUGGAGAUGCUGCUGGAACAGCGCUCCGGCAUGCCCGUGGAGGCCGCCUCUGAGGCACUGCGGCGGCUCUCGGUCUGCGGGAGGACCCUCAGUCUAGACUUGGCUACCAGUGUGGCCUCAGGCAUGAAAGUGCAGGGAGACCCAGGUGGAAAGACGGGGACCGAGGGCAGGAGCAGAGGCAGCAGCAGCAGCGGUAGGUGCCUGUGAACAUACCUCGGACGGCUCUGGAUCCAAGAAUCAGGGGCCUGAGGAUCUGGGGACAUGAGCUGGUUUCUAAAAUCUUGUAACUCACUAGCUAGUGGUGGCCUGAGAACUUUAUAGGGUGACUGAUGCUACCCCCACAGAGGAGGCAGGAGCCCCAAGACUAACACCUGACUGACCAAAGCAGCCCCUUGUAAGUGGCUCUGCAUCUUUUGGAGGACAGGGACAGUUUGUGGCUGAGAUAAGUGUUUGCUGGCAAAACAUAUGUAGAGCACAAAGGGUCAGUCCUCCGGCAGAACAGAUGCCACGGAGUACCACAAGCAGGAAAGGAUGGCCUUCUUGGGUAGCAGGAGUCAGGGGGCUGUACCCUGGGGGUGCCAGGAAAUGCUCUCUGAUCUACCAAUAAAGGAAAAGCAGUGAUUCAUUCUCCUGUUUGCACCUGUCAAGAGGGAGAAGGGAAGAGUAAUAGAGUGAGGGUUCUUUGUCAUCCAAUCCCUGGCAAGACUGUCACACCGGGCCUGGACAGGCGUGGGGCACCUUGGUACACAGUGACAGGUACACAAAUAGCAGACAUGUGUGCUCUUAACCCCGUUCCCCUACCACUACGUUACCAACUAAUCUGCUUCUCAGCUGCGAAAUUAGAGCUAAGAAAGCACAACUAUUUAUAAAGCAUUUCCAUGAGCCAGGCACCAGGCUUUACAAUAGGAUUUAAUUUGAUUUUCCAACAGUCCUGGGAGGGAGGCAUGAUUAACCCCAUUUCACAGACAUUGAUAUGGGGCUUGGAGAGGUCAAGUGGCUUUCCCAAGAUCAAGCAGGGAGUACAGCCAGAGCCGGGAUUUGGACCUGGGCUGGCCCAACACCAAAACCCAGGCCUUCAACCUUGACACCAGCCUGCCAGCGAAGGAGAGGAGAAGGAAAGGCCCUGGAGGUGAGCUGUUGGCAGCAGUGAACUUGCCCGACAGAGCUCUCUUGGGAAACACUGUUGAAAGGAACAUUUCCAAAGUCAUGCAGGCCUGCACCUCUCUACAUUUCCAAGCACAAGGCGAAAGGAACUUGCAUCUGAACUGAUGCAGGCCCCUGUUCUUUCCGAGCAAGUAGCUCUUCAAGUGCAGAUGUCAUCUUUCUGGACCCCAUUUGCGGGUAAACCUUCCUCUGUUAUUGCAGGUUUAGGCUUGUGAAUCCCAGAGGACACUGUGAACUGGGUCUGUGAAAUCCGCACUGACAGCAGCCAGCCUUCCAGGGGAUGAAGGAGGGAAGAAAUAGCAGAUAUUUUCCCAAGGUUCAGCUUUAUAAUUUUCUUGGAAAUUUCCGAGCAGCCAAUCAGCUAGCUUCUAAAUAGCGUGGGUCUCUCCUGGACACUGCAGGCAAAAGUUCCUCUAUCUGCUCCUCUUUUUGUCCUUUCUUGGAGCUCAGUGCUCAUGUUCACUGUUCACAGAAAUGGGCCAAUUAUGCUCCCAACUAGGGAUAAUAGGCAUCAUACAUACUUGGAACACAGUGUGGUGUCAUUAUUCCAUUAUUCCAGUUUACAGAUGAAGAAAAUGAGGCUCCCCAAAGUUAUGAGUUUCCGGGGCAGAGUCUCUGGGUUUCUCCUCACCUCACUCUAGGCCAGAGUGAUCUCCUUACAGAAUCUGUGAUUUUCAGGCUGGAUCCCAGAACUGUUGGGUUCUGUGGGCCAGUGAGAGAAGCUGGGGGAAACCAAGCAGGCAGGCAGGGUCUCCAGCCUGACCAGCCAGGUGCCUGCCACAAAGCAACACUUGAUAAAUACCUGUUGAAUGGAUGUAUGAAUGAAUAAAUGUGUCAGUAAAUGCU